GUCAGGGGCGAGGUGGGUGAAGAGGGAGCAGGGCCCCGCCCGUUACGGCGUGGCCAUCCCGGGGCGUCCACCGCUCCUGGGCUCAGAGCUAGGACGCGGCACGCCGCAGGUCGUGCUCCUGGGCUGUUGGCGGGGCCCGGACUCGGGGACGGUACCAGCGCCGCAGGUCAGGCUUCUGGGCCGCCACCCUAACCGGAGUUGCUCGGACCGCGCCUCCGCCGCCACGCGAGCCAUGAAAACGCACUUCUGUAUCCCGGUGUCCCAGCAGCGGCCGGACGCGCUGGGGGGCCGCUACACGCUCUACUCCGUGUACCUGGACGGUUUCCUCUUCUGCAGGGUGCGCUACAGCCAGCUGCACCGCUGGAACGAACAGCUGAGACGGGUCUUUGGAAAUGGCCUGCCUCCCUUUCCACCGAAGUUCUAUCUCGCGAUGACCCCGUCUAUGGCCAAUGAGAGAAGGGACCAGUUGGAGCAGUAUUUGCAAAAUGUAACCAUGGACCCAAACGUGUUGAGAAGCGACGUCUUCACUGACUUUUUAAAACUGGUACAGCUGGGCACGUUCAGCGUCCCUACCAAGAAAGCCUCUCUGGACAUAUUUCUGCCCGAUGGAAGGAGCAUUCGAGUCGAAAUCCUAACGUCAGACACCGCUGAAAGAGUCCUAGAGGUGGUGUCGCACAAAAUUGGACUGUGUCUGGAGCUCUUGGGCUACUUUGGCCUCUUUCUCAUUUGGUUUCGCAAGGAGGGCAAGCUCUCUGUCAUGAAAAAACUAGCGGACUUCGAACUCCCUUUUGUGAGUCUUCUGAGUUGUGAGGCGGAAGACUGCAAGGUCGGACUCAGGAAGUGGUACAUGGACCCAGCCCUCGACUCCAUGCUGAUGGACUGCAGAGCUGCUGUGAACCUGAUCUACAUGCAGGCAAUACAGGACAUUCAAAGAGAGUGGGCCAAGCCCACGCAGGCACAGAGGCAGAAAUUAGAGGCCCUCCAGAGAGAAGACAGCCAAGCAAAGUUCCUGGAGCUGGCCCGGGAGGUGCGGCACUACGGGUGCGUGCAGCUGGACCCCUGUGUCUGCGACUACCUGGAGCCGGGCUGUGCGGCCGUCGUUUCCGUCGGCAACCACGAGAUCAGCUGCCGUGUCACCCUGCCGGAUGCCCAGACCCGGGACAUCACCUUCCAGAUGAGCAGAGUGAGGUGCUGGCAGGUCACUUUCCUCGGGACUCUGCUGGAUAUGGAUGGGCCCCAGCGAACUCUGAGCCAGGACCUGGAGCUCAGGUUUCAGUACAGUGAGGGUGGUCGCUGGCAGUGGUUUGUCAUUUACACCCAACAGGCUUUCUUGCUGAGCAGCUGCUUGAAAAAAAUGGUCUCAGAAAAGAUGGCAAAGCUAGCUGCAGAGAAUCCAGAAAUGCAGAUUGAAGUUCCGGAACCAGGCAAAAGUAAGAAGUACAACAUUCGACAAAGCCAGGAAAACUAUUCUAGUUUUCUGCCAAGAAUGAACAAGAUUAAGAUAGCUGAAGUUGACUGUGUCCUGGGGACCACAAAGGAAGAAGGCCUUUGAAGAGAGAGCCUCACUUUUUACAAUGUCCUCUAAGGCUGUCCGGAAAGUGCUUCACGGUUAAAAGUGAGCCUCCUACCAUCAGUGAAAGAAAUUGGACCCCUUCCUGUUGUGGCCACAUUAAGAUGGACCCUAUUCAACAAGAACUUCAGAACUCUGUUAAACUCAAGAUGAAAAAGAAACACGAGCCAAAGUUACACAGGUGGUUUUUGCCUCAGUGAUGACCAGGGGCAAAUCCAAAUGGAUUAGCAUGAAGCCGGUUCUCCAAGCCCCACCCCUCCACCCGCGGUGUUGACCUGGCUCCAGGCAGUCUUUGUUUCGGAGAUGUGACUCAUCCGCCGAGGAGCACGUGGCUCUAAGACGAAGAAUCACAGAAAACAAAAUCUAUUUUUCUCCGAUGUGUCCACAGCACCAGGGCAAGGAGGGAUGGAAUACCGAUUUGUUUCCUUAUGUAAUUCAGAGCCUCCAGUACAGAUGUGCUCCAAGCAAUAGGCUUCCCUGCUCUCCGUGUCUCCAUUCCUGUAGUUGUGUUCCAUCCUUGGAAUACUACAUUCAGCUCAGUAGUCAUUUUGCUAUUAUGAACAUUUUUAUUUUGGGAAUCAGUGGGUAUCAAUAUCAACUACCUUAUAAGUCUCUUAGAUUUAAAAAUAUGUAUACUUUUUCGCUAGAUGUUUCUUAUCCAGUUUCAUUUUAUCAUAGUAAUAUAGUUAUAUAUAGAAUUAAGACUGCUAUAAGAGAAGACAGAAGAAUCUAUAUAAUAUAAUUAGAUGAAAUAUAAUAUUGUGAUGUUCUUUCCUAACUCAGUUGUAUAACUCAUCAUGUCAUAAAUAUGAAAUAUAUUCCAGUGACUAUAGAAUUUACUAAUGGAAAUUCUGUGAAUAAUAUUUUUGAAGCAUAAAAUCUAUUAAAGCCCUAUAGUACUUAUAAAGCAA